AUGCGUUCAACGGUGAUCCCAUCAGUUCUCGUAACUGCACUCCUCGGUCUUGCGCAAGCACAAACAACAACUUUCCCAAUAACCGGUACCUUGGGCAAUGCGACCAUCCCCGAAAACAAUCCAGUCGGUCCAAUCUAUGUCGCUACUCUUCCAGACAUGGAGUUCUUCAACCCAGAUGACCCACGUGGUAACAUUAAAGGAUCUGUCUCCGCAACUGCCAACCCUGAUGGUAUCGGUGUUCAAUUCCAAGUUCAAUUCUCUAACCUCCCCACUAGUGGUGGACCAUUCGUCUACCAUCUCCACGCCCACCCCGUUCCUUCAGACGGAAACUGUACAGGUACCCUCGGCCAUCUCGAUCCUUUCCUUCGUGGCGAAACCCCCGCUUGCAACUCCUCCCUUCCCCAAACCUGUCAAGUGGGUGAUCUAUCUGGUAAACACGGCAAAGUCACCUCCGAUCCCUUCCAAGCCUCUUACGUUGAUGAGUUUGCUUCCACGCUCGAAGGCUUGGGUAGUUUCUUCGGUAACCGCUCAUUGACUGUUCAUUUCGGAAACACUACCCGAAUCACCUGUGCGAACUUCACCUUGUUGGAUGGCGUUGUAGGAGGUGAUUAUGAGGGAAGUGCGAACAGCACGAGAGAAGGAGCAAAUGGAACUGCUACAACUACUGGCGGUCCUGCACAGUUCACCGGCGCGGCAGGAAAAAUCAGUGUUCAGAGCAGUUUUAUAGCUAUCAUGGGUGCUGUUUUGGUGUUCGCACUUUGA